AUGGCCUUUUAUCUUCCUCUGUUGCAUUCAAAAAAUUGCAUUUCAAACCCAUCUCGCAAGUACCCGCCACUAUUAUCUUCGAGCUCGAACCAUACUUCUCCUCCAAUUCUUCAUCUUCUUCAUCAUCCCAUAACCAAAAUAUCAACCCUACACAGACUGUCUUCGUGCACAAACUUUGCAUUUUCUCCUCUAAUUACCAUCCAGAUUGUAAACAAAUGCUUCUCACAGAGGCAAUCCACCCAAAAACAAGACGAAGAAGAAAUAGAAGAAGAAGAAGAAGAAGACGCAGAAGAAGGGGAAAUUCAAUUCGAGAGGCUAUUUUCCAAUCUCAAUCAAGCUACUCUGAAGGGAGAACCUGGAAGCCUUAUCAGUGCUAUUUUCCUAGUCGCUGGCACCACCGUAGGUGCAGGGAUCCUUGCAAUACCUGCAGUGACACAAGAAGCUGGGUUUCUGGCAUCUGCAGUUACCUGCAUUCUUUGUUGGGCAUUUAUGGUUGUGAGUGGACUGCUCAUUGCUGAAGUAAAUGUGAAGACAAUGUGUGAACUGGGUUCUGGUGGUGUGUCAUUGGUAUCAAUGGCUAUGAGAACCCUUGGGACCAUUGGGGUACAAACUACUUGGUAA